CACCCCCCCAGUGGUGCCCUCGGGGUGCGGGGGCCGCUCCCUGCUUUCAGUCUUGUGUUUGGCGGCGGUUGGGACAAACGGGAGAUCCUGAAGGAUGAAGGAAGCACGGGGAUGGAUAGAAUGACAGAAGACGCUCUUCGCCUGAAUCUGUUGAAACGGAGCCUGGACCCAGCAGAUGAGCGAGAUGAUGUCCUGGCCAAGCGACUGAAAAUGGAGGGUCACGAGGCCAUGGAACGCCUGAAAAUGUUGGCACUGCUCAAACGGAAGGAUUUGGCAAAUCUUGAGGUGCCGCAUGAAUUACCCACCAAACAGGAUGGCAGUGGCGUCAAGGGCUAUGAAGAGAAGCUCAAUGGGAACCUGAGGCCUCAUGGAGACAGCAGGACUGCUGGACGGCCUGGCAAAGAAAACAUCAAUGAUGAGCCCGUGGACAUGAGUGCUAGACGGAGUGAUCCAGAUCGAGGAAGGCUAACUCCAUCCCCAGACAUCAUUGUUUUGUCUGAUAAUGAAGCAUCCAGCCCCCGUUCCAGCUCCCGAAUGGAAGAAAGACUCAAAGCAGCCAACCUGGAAAUGUUUAAGGGGAAGGGCAUUGAGGAGCGGCAGCAGCUCAUCAAGCAGCUGAGGGACGAGCUGCGGCUGGAAGAAGCCCGCCUGGUGCUGCUGAAGAAGCUGAGACAGAGUCAGCUGCAGAAGGAGAACGUGGUCCAGAAGACUCCAGUUGUACAGAAUGCAGCAUCUAUCGUUCAGCCAUCCCCUGCCCACGUGGGGCAGCAGGGCCUGUCCAAGCUUUCCUCCCGGCCUGGGGCCCAAGGGGUCGAACCUCAGAAUUUGAGAACAUUACAGGGUCACAGUGUUAUUCGUUCAGCGACCAAUACCACCCUCCCACACAUGCUGAUGUCUCAGCGUGUUAUUGCACCAAACCCAGCCCAGCUACAGGGUCAGCGGGGCCCGCCCAAGCCUGGCCUCGUACGCACCACAACACCCAAUAUGAAUCCCGCCAUCAAUUACCAGCCGCAGUCAAGUUCUUCUGUUCCCUGCCAGCGCACAACGUCCUCUGCCAUCUAUAUGAACCUUGCCUCCCACAUCCAGCCAGGGACCGUGAACAGAGUGUCCUCACCACUUCCUAGCCCCGGCGCCAUGACCGACGCAGCCAACUCCCAGGCUGCGGCCAAACUUGCUCUUCGCAAACAGCUGGAAAAGACACUCCUGGAGAUCCCACCCCCCAAACCUCCCGCUCCUUUGCUGCACUUCCUACCUAGUGCAGCCAAUAGCGAGUUCAUCUACAUGGUAGGCUUGGAAGAGGUCGUGCAGAGCGUCAUCGACAGCCAAGGCAAAAGCUGUGCCUCCCUUCUGCGGGUCGAGCCCUUCGUUUGUGCCCAGUGCCGCACCGAUUUCACCCCUCACUGGAAGCAAGAGAAGAAUGGGAAGAUUCUGUGUGAGCAGUGUAUGACCUCCAACCAGAAGAAGGCGCUCAAGGCCGAGCACACCAAUCGGCUGAAAAACGCCUUCGUUAAAGCCCUACAGCAGGAACAGGAAAUUGAGCAGCGAUUACAGCAGCAGGCAGCCCUCUCCCCCACUACGGCUCCGGCUGUGUCCAGUGUCAGUAAACAGGAGACCAUAAUGAGACAUCACACGCUUCGACAGGCUCCACAGCCCCAGAGCAGCCUCCAGCGUGGCAUACCCACAUCUGCCCGUUCCAUGCUUUCCAACUUUGCACAGGCCCCCCAGCUGUCUGUGCCAGGUGGCCUCCUCGGCAUGCCAGGUGUGAACAUUGCAUACUUGAACACUGGCAUCGGAGGACACAAGGCCCCCAGUCUGGCAGACCGACAGCGGGAAUACCUUUUAGACAUGAUCCCUCCUCGGUCUAUAUCGCAGUCCAUCAGUGGGCAGAAAUAACGCCUGUUCCACUUGUACUGCCCCAACCUUGAAUAUUUUACCCCACCCCCCUCCUAUUGCCCCAACUUCCGUCGCAUGCAGUGCCUGUACUGGUGCCUACCAUACACGGAAAACAAAACAGAAAAACAGAAGACAAAAAAUAGAAAUCAACAAGAAAACACACGCCCCGCCCGCCCCCCUCUCUAUUUCACUCCGCCUGCCAUCUGUCUGUCUGUCUGCACUCUUCGCUUCGGUUUCUCUAACAGUGAGGUGGAGCUUCACCUCUGAUAGAUGAGGUCCUGGGGAGACAUCUAAGCCCUCUGACGUCUGUCUCUAAAGUUUGUUUUUACGCUGUAAUUAUUAUUAUCGUUUCUAAUGAUGUGUGUGUCCUCCCUUUGUUCAGUGGACGGUUAAACCUUUUUAAUCUCUUCCAAUAUUUUUCUUUUUCUCUUUUCUUUCAUCUUUUUUUUUUUUUUUUUGGUAAACACAAAUGACAUUCAGUUAAAUGAUAGCAUUGCAGUAGGGUCCCUAGCUGCCACAUGGGGCAUGACUAGGAGGGUCAGGGCGGGAGUUCUUAUGCACUUAACCUGGGGGCGGGGGUGGGGGGAGGUGGUAGCAUCAAGCAAGGAGGAACAACAGCACAGGCACUGUGGGGUCUCUGGGCUGGACAGUGCAGGAGGCAGUGUUUGGUAUUGAACUUGGGCUCUAAGAAUGAGGGGGGAGAGCCUGGGGGGAGAAGCUUUAAGACAACCACCCUGGAAUUGACCCGGAGAGAAGGGGGAGGCAGGAGCUUAUCAUGACAGUGAUGAGUGGAACGCUGAGCCAGGGCGACUGAGCAGGCCCUGGCCUUCUGGACGCUGGGGGAGGAAGACUGGUCCUGACCCCAGGGGACAGACGAACGUCUAUUCCAGGCCAACUAGCCCAAAAGAAUUCUUUCAUCUUAUUUUCUUCUAAAAAUUUCCCCCACCCCACUUUUUUGUUUUUUCAUCCUAAGCUGCCCCUGGUGAUGGCAGCCCCAUCUGUACCAUAGAGGGCGCUGUUCCCAGCCCGUGUUUGUUGGGCGUCCUAGAAGCUGGAACGGGCAUGAGUGAGUGAGUGAGUGAGACGACAGAGGCAGGAAAUCGAUUCAGAGGCAGCAGAGGGCGUUCUGUCCCGACAGCUGAGACUCACAUCUGUCUCUCUUCACUCUGAAUGUGAGGAGGGCCCGCCCCGACUUGGCUGCAUGACUGCCUCUGCCAGGAAGGCGGCUGUCUCCCCCCCACCCUGAAUUCUAGUAAUUUUGCUUUUUUGUUUGUUUUAAUUUUUUCUUAAGCGCUACUAAUGUAGAGAAUGAAUUGAAUUGUGCAAUGUUGCUGUUCUGGGAAUUGGGGGACAUCAGCCUCCCGUUUGCCCACACCGUGGGGGGAAGGGGCCAGGCUGUUUCUGAGGUACGGGGGCCCCCGAAAGGUAGGGCUUUCUGCUCUCCUCGCAGCAUACACACACCUGUCUCUGCAGCUCGAGAAGCUACCAGAGUGCAAGGAAGGGGUGGUCUCAGCAGAGAGGUGUACAGAGGAGUUGAACAUUUGGCCCUUGAAAGCCACCUGGGGAAGUUCCCCGUCUUUUAUUUUUUAAAAUGAAAUAAUUUUUUUAAAGUAAGAAGGCACUUUUAAAAUGAACACACACACACAAACUGCACAUCUUCCCCAUCAAGUUUGGGGAUGGGAUGGGAGAAGGAGCUGGAAUCAGGCUCAGUUCUCCCCACUCUGGCUUCUGCUCCCGAUACCCAGAGCCACUGUGGGUGAUUCUACUGGCCCUACGGGCCGUCCUGGCUUUUUUCUUUCCUCCCGCCCCCAAUUCGUUGAGCACUUAAUAAAGGAGCAGAGAUGCAGCCUGCGUCUGGCUCCCCCAGUGACGAAAUGAUCUGGAAGCUAGAUACUAGUAACAGGUAGUGAUGGGUCGUUUCGAGUAUUUUUCUGGGGAAUGUGGUGCCCUGACUGUAAGUGGUGGGAGAGGGAGGGGGGUUAAUGGAACUGGGUGUGGGGUUAUUUUAAAAUUAUAUAUAUAUAUAUAAAGAUAUAUUCUUACAUCUUUUCUUUGCCCUCUGUGCUUUGAAAGCACUGGAUAAAUCGUUUGGUUUUGCUUUUCUCUCUUCCAUGAAAUUGGAAGCUUUUCUUAAAAAAUAUUUUCCCUACAAGUCAUCUUGCCUUGUGGCAUGUCUGUCUAGCCUCUCCCCCCACCCCCCCCACCCCAUGAUGAAGUGCCAUUUCUGUUAUGUCUCCCCUCCCCCAGCUCAGAGGUGCUCAGAGGUACGAGGUCCCCAAGUUUGUCAGUUGAGAUUAAAAGUAAGGAACAGAGAAUGUGCAAUACCGUCUGGCUGGGGGCCGUCCCUGCCUGGAGCUGACCCCUUCCCUGGGAGCCAGGCCACCUUUGAGUGGGGUUUGGAGGUAAGAGUGUGAGAACGGGGUGAUGGGAAGGAAAGCCUGCCGCUGAGUGCCUGCCAAGGUGCUGAGGCCCCAGAGCGCAGGUGGGACCUUCCCUGUGUUACUCCCCUCAGGGUCGGUGACAGGUUGGUGACAGGCUGCUCGGUGACUAGUUUAGCUCUGCAACCCUUUGCUCCAUCGCUAAGGUUUGAUUUCUUACCCUCUUUUCCCUGUUUUCAUAUCCUUCCCAGGGAUCAGUGAUGGGGGGGAGGUUUCCAUAAUCAUGGUAAAGUAUUCGCCUUCCACCCCCCUCCUUCCCUCCCUCUCCCUUGUCCUUCUGUCUUCCUCCUUUCUCUCCUUUUUCAUCACUGAUUGCCUUGUGUUGCCCCAAGUCUCUUGUUGCUGCCCAUCCCCAGGCCUCGGGCCCCCCAGACACUAAACCUCGUGUUCAGAGGCACCCUUUACCCCUAGAGCUCCGAAGCUCAGGGAUACAGCGAGGACCCCACUAUUUGCCUGGCUUCCUCCAUCCCCAGAGGUUCUCAAAGUAGCAGCUUGUGGACAGUGGCUUCCUCCCGAGAGGCCUGACUCGGGCGGAUGCAUGGGGAGGCUUGGGUAAAGCUGAGGGACAGAGGUCCUUAUUUGUCUUUUUUUUUUUUUUUUUUGUCAUUUGACCACAGCAUCUGGACUUCCUCCAUCCAUGGAAUAAGUAUUUUUUCUACAUUUUUGGAUGUAUGUAUGGUAGACAAUUUUUUUUUAAGACACAGAUAAAUGUUUUCCUGCUUUGGUUACCUUUCCUUUCCCCUUUAAAAGGAGUUAGCUAUAGAACUGCUUUGUAAAGAUGCUUCUUGAUAUUUUACUUUUGUUCCUCUUCCCAGCCGCUCCCUUUUCUCCCCACCCCUCCAGAAGGCAUAACCCUUCUCUCCACCCCCGCCCCACCCCACCCCGUCCUAGGCUCCCUUCCCUUCCAACAAGACCUUCAUUAGCUUAUGAUAUUUGCUGCCGAGAUGUUAUAACAAGGACUCAUUCGUGUAUAUAAGCUAUUUCUUGAUCCAUUUAAAAGGAAUUGUACAUUGUGUAGAAAAAAAAAAACCUGAAAAAGAGAAAAAAAAGCCCUAGCCAUGGAUAUUGUGAAACUGUGUUAUGUCAUUUUGUAAUGUGCCCGUUUGUGUAUGAUCCGUGCAAAAGGGUUUCUGGGGAGGGGAGGGGGUAGGGAGGCAGGGCUGUGGAGGGUGGGUGGGGAGAGGCCGGGCCCAGCACACUGAGACUGGCAGCUGCUCCAACCCCAUCCUCCUUAGAGAUGCCACCUCCCCCACCACCCACCCCUCAUUUGUGCCUUGCCUCCCCACCCCGGAGAGUCCCUCCGGGUCACCAGCACUGCCUUGGCAGAGCCCACUCCCUCCCCUAACCUGCCCCCCCUCCCUGCCCCCCAGCAUUAGGUUGAUACUGUGGGGAAGUGCUGGGGGUUGGGAGGUAGCCGAGGAAUGGGGCAGUUCCCGGGGGCAUUGAAACCAAGUAUUAUUAUGAAUUGUAAUUGUAUUUGCACUGUUUUUUUCCUCUGAUUGCAUCAGCAUAUAUACAAUAUACCUAUAUAACGAAA